ACUAUCUAUGCUCCAACACUCUUCUACAACGAAGAAGCUCAGCUUGUGAGGGUUACGGUCAAAGAUUGCUGUGAGAACACGAAACUCGGCUACGUUUACCAACCAGUGCCUAUUCCGUGGCUGAAUAACAAGCCAAUCCCAAGAGUGAAGAAAUCAAAAAUUGCGAAAACUGUUGAACCCACGACGCUCAGUACCGUACCUGUAACCCUAGACAAAGUCGUGAAGUUUGUGGUCAAUAGGCCGAAGAAAUCAAGAAGCUCGAAGCAGAAGGAAGAUGAAGAGGAGAUACUGGUGAUAGAAGGGAUAGAGGUGGAGAAAGGCAAGUAUGUGAAAUUUGAUGUGUUUGUGAACGAUGAAGAUGAGACUGAGGUUGGGCUAGACAAAACGGAGUACACCGGAAGUUUUGCCCACUUGCCGCAUAAACGCAAGGGUAACAUGAAGGUCAAAACUACACUGAAGUUGGGACUGAAUGAGCUGUUAGAGAACUUGGAAGCUGAAGAUGAUGACUCUGUGCUGGUCACUUUGGUUCCCAAGUUCGGAGGGAAUGAUGUCACCGUCGCCGGAUCCAAGAUUGAGUUCGCCUGA